UCCUCACCGACAUGUACGAGGACGCAUAUUUUCAGCCCCUCGCCGCAACGCUUCCCUCGACAAGUGCAUUACAUCGCGUAACAGUUUGUCGAACCCACGGCUUGCUCUCUCCGCCAGCGUUUUGUAUAUACAAAGAGAGGAAUUUAAAGGAAAAACAGCUUGCUAAGGCUUUCGCAGUCCUGCCAGAGGAGGGGCAUAUGGGGCUUUGUAGCAAUGCAGAUCCCGUGCUGCUGAUGCGCUUUUGUUGCUGCAUUAUGGAUAACCACAGAUAUCACCAUAUCUCAGGGGAUUGCUUAAAACUUCUUUGGUGACUUCUUUUGUGAAAAGUGUCCUUCAAAGGAGAAGCUGAUAUCGGGAAUACAUAAGCCUAGGUUAUAUACGUCAAAUCCACCGGCCAGGGCAGGGUCGAUGGCUGUAAGUUCUCUGCAUCUAAGGACUGCGAAUUCAUGAUGUUGUGGAUUGAUAUGGACGCAUCGGUAAGAGAGGGACCAUGAUUGACCCCCUUAAGCUUGACUAUAUAUUUUUGAGCCUUUAAGUUUUUCGAUCACUCAAGUGUGCCACUGGCCGGUCCCAUUUACUACCGUGGGGAGCAAAUCUUGACCAUACUGUGAGACAUCAGCACCAUUUGAAACCAUGUCUGGAGAGGUGCGUUUGAAGAAGCUGGAGAAACUGUUUCUAGAUGGGCCGUCUCAAUCCAGCGGCCAGUGCUUUAGCGUGGAGACCUUGUUGGAUGUUCUUGUCUGCCUUUAUGAUGAGUGCAAUAAUUCUCCCCUCAGAAGAGAAAAAAACGUUCUGGAGUUCCUAGACUGGGCCAAACCUUUCACAUCCAAGGUGAAACAGAUGCGCUUGCGCAAGGAGGAUUUUGAGAUCCUGAAGGUGAUUGGACGGGGAGCUUUUGGAGAGGUUGCAGUAGUAAAGGUGAAAAAUACAGACAAAGUAUUUGCCAUGAAGAUUCUCAACAAAUGGGAAAUGCUCAAAAGGGCUGAGACGGCAUGUUUUCGGGAGGAACGGGACGUGCUGGUGAAUGGGGACAGUCAGUGGAUCACAACGUUGCACUAUGCUUUCCAGGAUGAGAACAACUUGUAUCUGGUGAUGGACUACUAUGUAGGGGGAGAUCUGUUGACUCUGCUCAGUAAAUUUGAAGAUCGUUUGCCUGAGGACAUGUCCAAGUUCUAUCUGGCCGAGAUGGUCUUGGCUAUUGACUCUGUGCAUCAGCUACAUUAUGUUCACAGAGAUAUUAAGCCAGACAAUAUCCUGAUGGACAUGAACGGUCACAUCCGGCUGGCUGACUUUGGCUCCUGCCUUAAACUCUUGGAAGAUGGGACAGUCCAGUCCUCUGUUGCAGUUGGGACCCCGGACUACAUCUCUCCGGAGAUCUUGCAGGCUAUGGAGGAUGGGAAGGGAAAGUAUGGGCCGGAGUGUGACUGGUGGUCUCUAGGUGUGUGCAUGUACGAGAUGCUUUAUGGAGAGACACCCUUUUAUGCUGAGUCUCUGGUGGAGACAUACGGCAAGAUCAUGAACCAUAAGUCAUCUCAACCUAACAAUGAGGAGCGCUUCCAGUUCCCACUUCAGGUGACGGAUGUUUCCGAGGAGGCUAAAGAUCUCAUCCGGCGGCUGAUCUGCAGCAGAGAACACCGGCUGGGCCAGAAUGGCAUCGACGACUUUAAACAGCACCCCUUUUUCACAGGCAUCGACUGGGACAACAUCCGCAUGUGCGAAGCCCCCUACAUCCCUGAAGUCAGCAGCCCCACUGACACCUCCAACUUUGAUGUGGAUGACGAUUGCCUCAAAAACUGUGAGACGUUGCGCCCACCUUCACACACAGCAUUUUCUGGACACCACCUCCCAUUCAUAGGCUUCACCUACACAAGCAAAUGCACACUGUCAGAUCGAGGGUGUCUGCGAGAGUCCAUUGGACCUGCACAGGUAGAUGCUGAUCUUCAGCGUAGCCUGGAGGAAAGCUUGGCCUCUGAAGCCUAUGAGAGAAGGAUCAGACGUCUAGAGCAGGAGAAGACCGAACUUACCCGUAAACUACAUGAGUCCACGCAGACAGUGCAAGCACUGCAGUACCCUGAUUCGGACGCCCCUGUGAAUACUAAUACAGAGGUAGAGAUCAGGAGUUUAAAGAGUGAGAUCGACAUCCUGAAGAAACAGAUCGCAGACUCUGGUCAAAUGGAACAGCAGUUGCAGGAGGCCAGCACUGCCCGAAGAGACCUGGAAGACUCAUCUAAGGUCAUCAGGGGCUUAGAGAAACAGCUGAAGGGUGUCACACAAGAGAAAAAUGAUCUGCACAAGGAGCUGCUGGAGUUGGGAGAGAAGGUGAAGGCUCAGUGGAAGGAGCUGAAGGAGGCUCACAGUCAAAAGAAGAUGGCCAUAAAGGAGUUCUCUGAGCUAAACGAACAGCUGAGUGAUCUGCGCUCACAAAAGCAGCGGCUGAGCCGACAGUUCCGAGACAAAGAAGAGGAGAUGGAAGGAGUGUCGCAAAAACUAGAGGCUUUGCGGCUGGAGAUACGCAAGGCUGAGAAAAUGCGCAAAGAGUUGGAGGCCCAGGCUGAGGAGCAGACGGCAGAAGCUCAGAAGGAGAGAAAGCUACGAGAGAGAACUGAACAGUUCAGUAGACAACUAGAAGAGGAGCUGGAGGGAAUGAAGCAGUUGAAACAGACUGGGCCGUCUCACGCAGCGCCGAGCUCAGACCAGCAGCAGGAGCUGAUGCGCGUGCGGGCAGAGCUGGAGAAGAAGAACGUACAUUACGAGGAGGAGUUGUGUCGUCGGGAGACGCUCCACAGCACUGAGCUGAAGGGCCUCAAAAACUUGCUACGUGAUGCCGAGGGUCAACACCUCACACUCCAGAAAGAGAUUCUCAUGCUUAAAGACAAACUGGAGAAAACCCGCAGAGAAAGCCAAACUGAGCGAGAGGAGUUUGAAACAGAGAACAAGCAGAAGUACGAGAGGGAGAGAACCCAUCUGACUGACGAUAACAAGAAGCUUACAAGUGAAGUGGAGAAGCUAAACUCGAUGUAUGAGCAGCUCAGCAGUAGUCACAGGCAGCUGGAGGAGGAGAUGAGAGAGUUGGCUGAUAAGAAGGAAAGCGUUGCCCACUGGGAGGCCCAGAUAACUGAGAUCAUCCAGUGGGUGAGCGACGAGAAGGAUGCUCGUGGUUACCUCCAAGCUCUGGCCACAAAAAUGACAGAGGAGCUUGAAGGGCUCAGGAACACCAGUUUGGGAGCUAGAGGAACGGACAUGCCGUGGAAGAUGAGGCGCUUUGCUAAGCUAGACAUGUCUGCGCGUCUGGAGCUGCAGUCUGCGCUGGAUGCCGAGAUCAGAGCCAAACAGUCCAUCCAGGACGAGCUUAACAAAGUCAAAGCAUCCAGCAUUGCCACGGAAUGCAAAUUGCAAGAAUCCGAUAGUACAAACCAGGAGCUGCUGGCGGAAAUUGAGAGGCUGAGGAAGGAGACAGAGGAGCUGAGGCUGAGAAGAGGUGUGAAGCAUCAGGAUUCACAGAAUUCCUUCUUGGCAUUCCUCAAUGCGCCCACUUCUGCUCUGGAUCAGUUUGAUCGGUCACCCUCUUUUGGUCUCGGAAGCAAAACCAGACGUCUUGACUCAGCAGAUUUCACUCCCUCCAACACUCCAUCAAGAGAUGAAGACUCAAGAUCUCGCCGCAUAUCACGCUCACGGUCCCCGUCCACCACCAGUGACAUGGAGCCUAUUGAGUUGAUUGACCAUACGUCACGUAGUCUUCAGACUCCAACAGGCAGAUCAGGCUAUGGAAGCUUGGGACACUCAUCACCUAAGCCCAAGGCGCACCAGUUUAUUGUGAAGUCCUUCACCGUUCCCACCAAAUGUAAUCAGUGCACCUCUCUCAUGGUGGGACUUAUCCGUCAGGGCUGCGCCUGUGAAGUCUGCAACUUCUCCUGUCACGUCACCUGUGCUGAUAAAGCCCCCUCUGUGUGCCCCGUCGCACCUGACCAAACAAAGGGCAAAUUGGGAAUUGAUGCUCUGAGGGGCAUUGGGACUGCAUAUGAGGGACAUCUUAGGGUGCCAAAGCCCACAGGGGUGAAAAGGGGUUGGCAGAGGGUAUGGGCAGUGGUUUGUGACUUCAAACUCUUCCUGUAUGAGCUUGGAGAAGGGAAAGGUGCCCAGCCUGGUGUCAUAGUUAACCAGGUCAUCGACAUGAGGGAUGAAGAGUUUUCCGCCAGCUCGGUUCUGGAGUCUGAUGUCAUUCAUGCUAACAAGAAGGAUAUACCCUGUAUUUUUAGGGUAACCGCAUCUCAGCUGUCCGCCUCCCCCAGUCAGAAGACGUGCAUCCUGAUCCUGGCCGACAACGAGCAAGAGAGGACGAAGUGGGUGUGCGCUCUGAACGAGCUGCAACGCAUCCUGAGAAAAAACAAGCUGAAGGAGCGUUUCGUCUACGUGCCUAAAGAAGCCUACGACAGCACGCUUCCUCUCAUCAAAACCACCCAAACUGCUGCUAUUAUAGAUCAUGAGCGGGUUGCUUUGGGGAAUGAGGAGGGCCUGUUCGUCAUCCACGUCACCAAAGAUGAAAUCGUUCGCGUGGGUGAUAUUAAGAAAGUGCAUCACAUAGAACUGAUGCCCACAGAGCACCUCCUGGCCGUCAUCUCGGGCAGGAACCGACAAGUGUGUCUGGUCCCCAUGACGGGGCUCGACGGGAGGGAGAUUGACAAGAUUAAGGUGGCAGAUACUAAAAACUGCCAGGCGCUGGUGUCCGGUGUGGUGCGCAAUGGCGUCUGCUUCUGCCUCGCCAUUAAACGGCAGAUCACCUGCUUCGAAAUUAACAAGAGCAAAUCCCGCCACUGCCAUCUCGUGGACAUACAAGCUCCAGGAACUAUCCAGUGGAUGGCACUGUUCAGCCAGCAAUUAUGUGUAGGCUUCCAAGCGGGCUUCAUGCGGUACAGUUUGCAUGGAGAAACCCCUCCAGCCAGCUUACUCCAUCCAGAUGACCCCACAUUGGCGUUUAUUAAGGCUGAAAACCUGGAUGCCCUUUGCGCAGUGGAAAUCUCUAACAAAGAAAUGCUGCUCUGCUUCAGCAAAAUUGCAGUGUACGUGGACACACAUGGCAGACGCUCACGCCAGCAGGAGCUGAUGUGGCCCGCAACGCCCACCGCCUGCUGCUACAACGCCCCCUACCUGUCAGUCUACAGUGAAAAUGCAGUGGAUGUGUUUGAUGUGAACACUAUGGAAUGGAUUCAGACCAUUCCUCUUAAAAAGGUCCGGCCGUUGAACAUGGAUGGCUCUUUGAAUCUCCUGGGCUUAGAAACGGUCAGACUCAUCUACUUCAGAAACAAGACUGCAGAGGGGGACGAACUGGUGGUGCCUGAGGUGUGUGAUAACAGCAGGAAGCAGAUGGUACGCAACAUGAGCAAUAAGAGACGAUUCUCAUUCCGUAUUCCUGAGGAGGAGAGACUGCUGCAGAGGAGAGAAAUGUUGAAAGAUCCUGAGAGGAGGAGCAAGCUGAUCUCAAAUCCUACUAAUUUUAACCAUGUGGCUCAUAUGGGCCCUGGAGAUGGAAUGCAGAUCCUCCGAGAUCUGCCAAUGAAUGUGCGUGCUCAGGACAAUCGUGCUGGGUUCAGUGGAUCCGUCAGCAUCCCAUCAAUCACCAAAAACCGAGCCGAACCUGGUCGUUCCAUGAGCGCAAGCAGUGGUCUAGGAAUGCGGACGUCCUCUCAGAACGGCAGCGCUCUGAGGAGGGAGCUGUCGAGCAGCAGCUACAGCUCGAAACGCCAGACCAUGACAUCACCUUCGGAGAGCUCGCUGUCGUCAGGAGGGGGGAUGGAUGUGGGCGAAGCGCCACUCUCUCAGUUUGAUAGAGAGUGGCAGGCGGUAUCGCCCUCGGAGAAGACCCCUGAUCUGAAAAGGGCUUUAAGGACCCUGCUUAGUAAGAUGAAGGACUCUGAUUCGCCCCGGCACUCCACUGCCUCCAACAGCUCUAACUUCAGCAGCCCGCCAAGCCCCGCCUCCCCACACAAGACAAAGUCCCUCUCACUGGAGAGCACAGACCGCACAGGGUGGGACACAUGAUGGACUCAACGGUGAACCAAUCACAACAAACUCUGAGUCUGCCUGUAACAGUGCUCCGCCCCCCUCCCAUACAGUCGCACCCAGGCACUACAGGCCCCUCCCACCUCAUUUGCAUAAACGAUCACCACUGGGGAACAUACAAAGGAAAAACCACACCAACAUGUGAGCGUUUGUAUGUGCGCGUGGAUGCGGAUGUUUGAGCGACGACCCCGCAAAGCUGAUUGGAUGAAAAAGUGGAGGCUACUAGUUCUGGAUUUAAUUGUUACUGGCGUUUGUACAUAGACCGGGUUAGGGUGAACUUUUAUUUAUUUAUCAUUUAGCCAUUUCAAGGUGGAAAAUACUGUCACGUCCCUCACUCUGCUCUUCAGCUGUGGACCAUACGGGAAUGAUGAUUCCAUUAUAGAAUCCCACUAAUUUACCAGGAAAAAAUUGCAACGAUGUAUAUUUUUUAUUUGCUUUUAAAAGUGAUGUGUGCAGUGAUUCGUUUGUUACUUCAGCUAAUGGAAUAUCAGGCGACCUCAUCUAUUGCUUCCUGUCCUAUAUUUGUAGGAAUUUGCAGAGGCUUUCUGACAUGAUGACAUCUUGGGAUCUGUUACCAUCAUCAUCGCCAGUCUCCAUGUAAUCCGAACCUUCCGUGAAACAACAUGACCUGUGAAAACACAUCACAGUAAUGUACAUAGGUUAAAAGUAUAGUAUAAUAUAUAAUAAGGAAAUAUUGAAGAGAUAAACUAUGUGGAAAAAAAUCUCACUGCUUUUAUUUUUAAAGAAUUAUUUUAAUAUACUCACGCCAAGACCAUUUAAAAAAACUUCAGUUGCGUCGGUUCUUUUAGAUUUUUAUUUUGUUUUAUGAGACAAUACUGCCUUGUGUAUUUUUAUUUCCUUGAAUAUCUUUGUGAGACACAAGCCAAGCUGUUUUACUACAAGUGUGCUUUAAAAAAACAAAACAAAAAACUGCAUAAUGUCCGCCGGCUUCACUUCUGCUUUAUCAGAUGGCAAUACAUGCAUCGACCGAAACUGUACAAAUAUCAUAUUUCUGCGAUCUGGAACUAUUAGGUCCAAAUUGUUGAACUUGUCCAUGUAAUUUGAGGUUUGCAGACAGACAAAAGCCACUUCGUUUUGUUUCUGGAUGGUUUCAUGGUUACAGUAUGGGAAAUAGUUAACACACUUUGCUUCACACACAUAGUUUGGGAACUUUCUACCCUGGAAAAACUUGUUUUCAGAAAAUCUUUUCAUGGGUAUUAACAGUAAUUAUAUCCCGUUAAGUGUUAAAACAUUCACCGCUGCUAUUAAAUGUAAGGUUAGACUUUACCAUUAAACUAUAUUACAAUAAUCUGCUCCCACAAAACCAGUAUGUAUUUGUCAUUAUGUAGUUUUCAAAUUGCUGCUAUUGCAGUUCCAAGUACAUUUAUUCCAUCCAAAGAAAAGAAAAAAAAUAGAGAAUAGUUUAAAACUCAUAAAUUGCAUGUCUAAUGAGCAACACAGGCUUCACUUUGUUCCUUAUUCUGUUUGUAGUUGAUUUAAUUUGGUUGCACAAGUAAGCGAGUCUCCCGCCUCAUGCAGGCUUCUGUUAGGUCCUCACGUCUUGAUUUCUGCACCAGGUUCACAUCUGUUCAUUCCACAAAUGGGGAAACUCACUGAAUUGGAUAAUUUGUUAAAAGGUUUACAAUAAAUUGGCUUUCAGUUUUGCAGUAUCAUUCCAGUAGUAAGUAACAGCAAAGGAAAGCAGACGUUUGGAUGGAAACCUGCAUUUCCGUAACCUCUUACACAUACGUUUAUAUGAGCUCAAUCUCAUCUCGGUGGUUUCUUUUUUUUUCUUAGGAUAUGCUUUUUAAUAAUUUGUACAGUUUUGCAUGUCAAAUGUCCAUUCCAUAUGUUUCAUGGUUGUAUCGUUUCUCACUCACUUGAAAAAGGUGGAUAUCACUUCAAGCAAUGAGGAGUCGUUUUGCACAGAUGUAUUUAAGGUGAAAGGUCAAUCAAAGACUGGAUAAACUGGCCACUAUGCAUAUAUGGAGACGUUACUAUAUUAACCUGACGCUGAUGUAUUCAAUAAACGGAGGGAAAUGACACACAUGGAUAAGAA